AAUUUCUUUGCAUAGUUGUAGUUGUAGCUUUCUUUCUUACAAAAUUCCAUCAGAAUUAAAGCUAAUUCUGGUAUAAUUAUUAGACCACUCGCUCCCCUCAUUCAUUUCAUUUCACCUCCAUAUAAAUUAUUUUAAAUACAAAAGAGUUCGCUUCAGCCAAAAUAAUUCCUACCUGUCACACACCAAUGUCGACGUUUGCAAUAAGAAUGAGCAAAAUGACAAAAGGUUCGACGAAUCUGUAAACAAAAAAAGACAAGUAGGUCAGUGACUCCUACUUACUUUUUCUCCGCGCCACUGCAAGCAGAGUUCAAAUGGAAAGACGGUUUUACUCCGAAUUUCUCUCUUCUCUUUUCAAAACAUCCCUCUCAACUCAAAAUUUCAGUCUAGUUUUAAUUAAUUUUAAUUAAUUAAUUUUCAACCAUGGAUAAAAAGAGUAGCAAGGCGACUACUUCUCAGGCCAGGCUGGAUAGUUUUUUCCCAGUAAAUCAACCCACCACCAUUAAUACUGUCUCGACCCCCAUGAAAAGUGUCACACCCUCAACUUCAUCCUCAUUUCAAGUCCUCCCUUCAGUCGAACGUGAAAAUGUGACCCCCAAGUCUCCUGCAGGAAAAAGACAAAGAUUGUUGCUGAAGACAGAUGAAAGCGUCAAAAAGUUCAUCAUCCCAGACAAUAUGAAGCCCAAUAUGAUAAUGGGUUAUCAAAAUGAGAAUGGGGAAUUUGUGACAUUUGAGGAAACAGGUUAGACAACCAUCGAUAUGACUGAGACAGAAAGUAAUCAAUUAUGUUUGAAGAAUCCCCCAUUGGUUCACAAGACGUUGUUGAAAAGCCAAAACCACCCGCAGUGAAGAAACGCACCGUUCUCGACAGCAUAAGGGAGACGCUGAUUGAACAUUUGGGGUACACGGGGAAGGAGGAAGACUUUGACAAGUCUGAUGUGUAUCUUAAGUGUAUGAGGGAAUUGUCUCCUAAAUCUAGAACAUCCAAAUUAAAAAAAAGUGAUGGGACGUGGGCUUAUUUGAUGCACAAUAAUAAGCCAGUAUACAUAAAAUGGCAACAGGGAGAGUUAUUUUUCAACCAAAAAAGCGAUUGGAAUGGAUCGGAUAAGAAAUGUCGAGUAUGUUGGUUAAGUCAAAAGGAUAAAAAUAAUGGAUUCUGUAGGACACAUUCCAACAAAUUACAGGAAGUACUGCUGAUAAGGGACACACAGAGUAAUACCCCUGUGUAUGCAGUAUUGCUACCACCAUUUAAGGUGUCCAAGUAUUACGACGAGUCUAUCAACAAAUUUCUGAUGGGUAUAAAAAGUGUUGAGGGCAAUGUUUUAAUCUCCAAGUACAUGAAGAACAAUAACGCCAAGUUCAGUAUUGCAAAACAUUGGUCCGUCCCUACCACUGAAGCUUGCCAAAAAUUCAACACAAUCUCCAUUGCACUUUUUCUUCUCUUCAAAUUCCAUAACUCCACUGCAGAAGAAAAUAAAAUAAAACUUCUCAUGGGGUGGGUGACCUACAAGGGAAAGAGUGGAGAAGAAGUCAUUUGGGAUGAAGUCCUGCAGAUUUUAAAAGACAACAAUAUCGUCUUCUCAUCUCAGCCUUUGGAUUCUCUCUUGGACCGAACCCGUAGUCCUCUCCUCCCAUCAAAUUUCAAUUCUAAGCUCCCCCAUACAUAUGAGGGUCAUAACCAAAAGGGGGGAUUGUAUGACGGGGUGAUGUUCUCAAAGAGGAAAAAACAUGGACGCAAGGGAUCUGUGCAGCAUUACUUAACUAUCAAAACUGGCCUACGUGACUGUGACAAGAGAACGAUAGAGAACAUUUUUCAGUGUCAACUGACUGAGAAAGAAGAUGCCAUCAUGAGGACGGUGGAAUUUGAGAAGGAGGAAGUUGAAGGCGAAGAGGAGGACGAGGAGGAAGUUGAAGGCGAAGAGGAGGAUGAGGAGGAAGUUGAAGGCGAAGAGGAGGAAGUUGAAGGCGACGAGAAAUCGGAAAUUUGGAAAAAGAUGAAAUCCAAGGCAGAACAAGUGGAAAUGAUGGCUCAAAUGGCCACCUGUAUUGCAACCAUGCUCAAGAUGACCAACAAUUCUCACCCAAUCUGUCCCCUCACAAAGAAAUUGUACAACUGGGAUGGAUUUGACAUGCAAAUUUUUGAGAUUUCACUUAAAACUCUUAAAGGUGACAGUGGAACAGAAGAAGAGUCUGAGGAUAAGUGGAGGACGUGUAGAGUUCAUUUGGGGGAUUCAUACUUUUAAAAAGUUGUCUCAUAGUUAACUUGUCGGCAAUUACCCUUGAAUGCGCUACCGCCGCGGGUUUGGACUAUCUCUAAAUAUGAGUAGUUCGACCCCCCUAUAUAGUACAUAGUUAACUUUCUAAUGUGUUAACACACGUUGUAAUUUCUAGUUUAUUUGUAGUUUCAAAAUAAACAACUCACGCGGUGAUCCCUUCUGUUGAUAA